AGCAAUCCGGAACUACGCGCAGCCGCCCGGAGCGAGGAAGGGAAGCUCGCAAGCGCCAGCUCGGCUCAAGUUCGUAACAUGGCUCUCGGCGACUGCUGGAAGAACUUGUCGUGGUUCUACCGCCAGUACCUUCUGGUGACGGCUCUCUACAUGCUGGAGCCGUGGGAGAGGACCGUCUUCAACUCGCUGCUGGUCAGCGUGGCGGGCAUGGCGGUGUACACGGGCUACGUCUUCAUGCCGCAGCACAUCAUGGCCAUCCUGCGCUACUUCCAGAUGGUCCAGUGACGGCGAGGACGAUGCGGUUCCGCGCGUGGACUGCCUCUGCCCGGCAAAAUUUCGGCUGCCGUUCUGCGCAUGCUCCCGGACGCUUGCCGCAUUCUUCAAAUGGACCGAUCAAUCGCUCAUUCCUUUCAAAGAAUGUACUUUACAUUUGUUUGUUUAUUUUUCUCCGUGUGAAGUCAACACUGUUUGUGGCUGUCAUGUGACAUCCACAUUUUUUUUUUUUGUAUUUGUAUCACAAAUAAGUGUCAUGUAAUCUACUUUUGGGAGGGACGAUAUGAAUUCAAAAUGUAAAGUGUUUUGUCAAAGUGAUGGAGUUGGAGGGGCGGGGCCGACGCUCCUUUGUCUCCCUCUGGUGGUAAUUGGCAAGAUGACAUUUUAAUUUUUGACAGUCGCUUGUUUCAUUUGCAAGGGACGGGUUAGGGUUGCUUUCAGUCCUUCCGCAGGUGGCACAAGUACUCAAGUACAGAGACUUGAG